AUGACAGAUCAAACAACUACAACAACUAAUAAUUUAAGUGAAGAGGAUAGAGAAUUAAAAGCAAUUGAAUAUUGUGAAGAUGCAAAUAAAUUAAUUAAACAAUUAAAAGAUAGAGAAGAUAAAAAUAUAUUGGAUGAAACUGCAUCAAAUCUUUCACAAACCAAUAUAGAUGAAAAUAAAAAUUCAAUAAAUAAUGAUGAUAAUACUGAUGAUGAUGAUGAUUUUAAUGAAAUUGAAAUUAUAGAAAAAGUAACAGAAUUAUUUUCCAAAGCAAUUGAAAUGGAUUCUGAAUGUAUUGAUGCAUAUUUAGGUCUUGCAUAUGUUAAAGGUAUGCAAAGAAAUUAUGAAUCAGUUUCAGAAUUAUUAGAAAAAGCAAAUAAAAUAGAUCCAUCAGAUGAAAGAGUAAAUAUUAUGAAACAAACUUUAGAACAAGAAAGUUUAACUCAAGAUGAAGUUGACUCUGUUCCUGAUUUUGAACCAGUUAUGGAUAUAGGUGUUCCAAACCUUAAUAUUCCUUUUAUUAUUAUUAAUGGUGGUGUUACAAAAAAGUUUAUUACAGUUUUAAGGGAAAUUUUUGAUAGAUUUGAUAGAAAUAAAGAUAAUUGUUUGAACAAAGCAGAGAUGAAAUUAUAUUCAAAAGCAGUUAAUGGUCAAGAAUUAGAUUUACAAUCAUUACAAUCAAUGUUGGAUGGAUAUGAUUCACAUCCAAGAAAUGGUUUAACUUUUACUGGUUUUGUUGAGUUAUAUGUUAAUCAAACAAUUGAAGAUUCUUCAGAAACUUUAAAAGAUUUGAAAACAUUAGGAUAUGAUUCUGAAUUGAAAUUAAUUAAAUAA